AUCUUCUUUAAUCCCAGCCUCUUAAACGACCGCCUGUUACCAACUCCCACCGUCACAGCCUCACUUGGAUCCCGCACCUCAGCCACUACCUCCAACGAGCAAAGCCACGUGGAUCCAAAACAAGAGGGUUUGAAAUUCUUCCUUGCCUCGGUAUAGAAAGUAGAAAAAGCCCUGUCGUCACAGUUUCUCUUUUAGCAUCCAUUUAUAGGGGAAAAGAAAUAUUUUCCCGACCGCCUUAACCAAAAACAUUCGGUUUUUUGUUUACCUUUCGUCCAAACACACUAUUCUUUUCAUUCAUUUCUCGAUCAUUUUUCCUUUUUCUUAGAAUUGAUAAGGCUAAUUGUUGUUCCCUGCAUUUAGUGGGGGGAAAUUUCGACGACAGGUUUGAGCCUUAACUGUUUUUUUUCCCUUUUCAUUUAAAAAAAAUUAUGAUAACUCCCUCGUUUUCUGCAAUAUUUAUGUUAUUUUUAUUUUAUCUUCUUUCUAAGUGGCUUUAGUAACACUAGAUUAGGCUUUAUUUUUCUUCAGUAUGAUCGACAUUCUAGGGUUUCUUUCAAUGUUGCCUUUUGUUUUCCUUCUAGUCAAUUAUUAGUUGCUUUUGUUUAUCGAUGGCAAUUAGGGCUAAGUAAUUUUCUUGUUUGUUUGCUGAGAAAACUAAAAAAAAUGCAGUUUUGAUUAAUCGUUGAUUUAGGCGAAAAUUGACUCAAGUACAGUUCCUUUCUUUGCUUUGCUUUGGUGUGCUUGAGAUAAUUUAAUUGAAGUACGUACUGCUAAUUCGGUUGCUUUCAUUGAACAUUAGAUAUAUAUUUUGUGAAUAUUACAAUGUUUUUUCUUGAAUGUUGAUAAAUUUGGGCAUAUACAAAACAAAUGUUUGUCUCUUAGUGCAGGAACCUUUCUAGCUAAGCAACGAACCUCGGAAUAUUUAUUCACUUUAUGUUGUUUUUGUUCCUCUAAAUGAAUUUGAUAUUGGGGUCUCCUUGUUCUUUUUGAAACUAUGCUUCCUAACAGAGCGGCUAAGAGCUUUGUAUUAUUCUUGCUGAUUAUGUAUUUAUUCCUAUUUAAUGUAUACUGUACGCUUUAGCAUGUUCUAGUUGAUAAUGUAAUGACUCAUAACCUUUGGAUUGCUAAGAAGAUUGGUAGAUGAGUGAACACUAAAAGAUAAAAGGAUCUAUGCAUACAGAAAAAUUGUUGGAUAUCUGUAUUGGAGUAAUCACCUUUUAGCAUCAGUUUAUAGUUACUGAAAGUGGGCAGAUUAUACCAUUCUCAUAGAGUCACUCCUAAGCUCAUCUGUUUUUGCUUUUCAUGCUGUUCAGUUGAUUUUUUGAAAUUAAGAUGGGUUGUAACUUACUUCCCAUAUUUUCAAACUGGAAUUGUCAUUAAUCAGUGCUUCUUGUUAUUUGGCUGAGCUUAUUUUUUGUAUAGACGUGUAAUUUAUUACCUCUUUAUAGGUUAGUAUGGUUCAAUAUUUAAUCUCGACUCUUUUUCUUUGUAUUAAUGGAACUUUGGAACUGCAUUUAUGCAAUACUUCCUUUCAACCUGAAUGCCAUUUUCUCUUCAUUAAAAUAUUGGUUAUCAAUGUUCUGUUGGUUCUUAUGGUAUUUCUUGUUGAUUUUUGGUGUCCAUGCUCUCUACUGGUAAUUUUGGUCCUGGUCUACCUAGCUUAUUUCUUUUUCUUUUGGAAGCAAGUUUUCAUGGUAAUACCAUACAAAGGAUAUGAGCAGAGAAGGAUAAUGGAAUUGUAGUUUGUUUGCAGAAGGGAAACAUAUAUUGGGUGACCAAAGAACAAGGAGUGGCGAAUAUAUUUUUCGAGUUUUAGAUUCUUCAGCAAGUUAAAAUUGUGACAAGCACACUCCUGUUGGACCAUUGAAUAAGAUUCGCCUGCUACGAUUCCAUGGGAUGGAGAGGUGUCUUCUAUUCUUCACUUUUUCUUCUCACUCUAGUCGAAUCUUCAAGUAGAUCAGAGAAAAUAUUGUUCUCAAACUUGGGUGCCCAAAAAGCUGUAGAAUUCAGCUGGCCAGUCUUCAGUGCUAGCAUAUUUGUCUUUGUCGCUCUUGUCCUCUCUAUGUACCUCAUCUUUGAGCAUUUAGCUUCUUAUAAUCAACCAGAGGAGCAGAAGUUUUUAAUAGGACUCAUUCUUAUGGUUCCUGUUUAUGCGUUGGAAUCGUUUUUAUCACUGUUGGACUCAGGUGCUGCUUUCAAUUGUGAAGUAAUUCGGGACUGUUAUGAAGCUUUUGCGUUGUACUGCUUUGAGAGAUAUUUGAUAGCUUGUUUAGGUGGGGAGGAGCGUACAAUUCAAUUUAUGGAAAGUCAGACGGUAAUCACUGCCAGCACCCCUCUUUUGGAAGAUGCAUAUUCAUAUGGUGUUGUGGAACAUCCUUUUCCAUUAAAUUGGUUCUUGAAGGAUUGGUAUCUUGGUCCCAAGUUCUAUCAUGCUGUAAAGAUUGGAAUUGUUCAGUAUAUGAUACUGAAGAUGAUCUGCGCAUUAUUGGCAAUGAUUUUGCAAUCCUUUGGAGUUUAUGGAGAAGGAAAGUUCGAAUGGAGAUAUGGUUAUCCAUACUUGGCUGUUGUACUUAAUUUCAGUCAGACCUGGGCCCUAUAUUGUCUUUUACAGUUCUAUGCUGUUACUAAAGAGAAGUUGGAACCAAUUAGACCUUUGGCCAAGUUUUUGACAUUCAAGUCAAUUGUAUUCCUGACAUGGUGGCAAGGUGUAGCCGUUGCAUUUCUCUUUUCCAUGGGAGCUUUUAAGGGGUCAUUGGCUCAGGAACUGAAAACAAGAAUUCAAGAUUAUAUUAUCUGUAUUGAGAUGGGUGUUGCUGCUGUUGUGCAUCUUUAUGUCUUCCCUGCGGUACCUUACAAGCGUGGAGAAAGAUGUGUCCGAAAUGUAGCUGUUAUGACUGACUAUGCAUCUCUGGGAACACCCCCAGAUCCCGAGGAGGUCCAAGAUUGUGAAAGAACUACUAGGAUGCGCUUGGAUCGACAUUAUGAAAGGGAGAAGCGUUUGAACUUUCCCCAGAGUGUUCGUGAUGUGGUCUUGGGAAGUGGUGAAAUUAUUGUUGAUGACAUGAAGUAUACAGUGUCACAUGUUGUUGAACCAGUUGAAAGGGGAAUUGCAAAAAUAAAUAAGACCUUCCAUCAGAUAUCAGAAAAUGUGAAACGCCAUGAAGAGGAGCGGCGGAGGAACUCUAAGGAUGACAGUUACCUUGUCCCUUUAAGUUCAUGGAAUAGGGAAUUUUCUGAAGCUCGUGAGAAUGUUGUAGAAGGCAGUGUUAGCGACAGCGGUUUGGCAGCCACCGGGAAGAGAAAUAAUAAUAUCCAAGCUCGGAACAGAAGUGCUAGAUAGUAUGUGCGGGUAGCUGUUCAUUGCAAUUGGAGUUAACAAAAAAGUAUUUGAACAUGGUAAUUUUAGUGGACAAUAUCAAAGAUGCUUUGGAAAUUCGAAUCUUGUCAGAUAUUGUUUUCUCCCACUUGCGCCCCCCCCCCUUUUAAAUGCUUGGUUGGAAUGAUGGUCCCAUUGGAAAGGGGUUGGGAGGGAACAAAACCUCCAUACUUUUCUAACAUUGAGAAAUGUAUAGAGCAGAGGCCCCCCGACUUAACUGCAAAAUUUUGCUGCAGUUUGGUAAAUUGUAUAGAAUACACUUUUAUGAACAGGUGAAAAUCAUGAUGUUACUAUAUACACCCCAUUGUACAAGUAAUAUUUACUUUUUCUUUUUUGGUUUGGAUC